AUGUCAAGAAAGCUGGCCACUUUAAAGCCAGGUUACGUUCGUGGCGUGUCGUGUCAAGAAGUCGUGUCAAGAAUUACGAAUUACGACUCUAAAUAUAUGUACAUGAUUGGUUUGCUGCAGGUUUUUAAGUACAGCAAGCAUUGUCGAGUUUGCGACAAAUGUGUCGAUCGAUUCGAUCAUCAUUGCAGGUGGCUGAAUAACUGUGUAGGCAAGAAGAACUACAAAAAGUUCUUUACUCUUAUGAUCUCCGCACUUCUCCUACUGGUACUUCAAUGGUCAACUGGGAUCGUUGUGUUGAUAUGCUGUUUUCUUGAUCACAAGAGAUUCAGUGUAGACAUUGCUACGAAGCUCGGAAGCAGUUUCCCGUUAGUGCCAUAUGUUAUCGUCGUGGGAGUGUGCACGAUUUUGGCUAUGAUCGCAACGCUGCCACUUGUUCAACUUUUCUUCUUUCACAUUCUUCUAAUAAAGAAGGGAAUCAGUACAUACGAUUAUAUCAUAGCAUUGAGAGAGCAGGAACAACAGGGCAUCGGUGGUCAACAAAGUCCGCAAAUGUCACCUGCAAGCUCUAUCACCGGUUUAAGCAGUGCCAGCUCGUUUAACAAUUUCCGUCAAGGAGCGUGGUGUACGCCCCCACGUUUGUUUGUUGAAGAUCAGUAUGAUGUAGUUCCACCGGACACUGGUUCCGUUAGCUCACUGGGUAAGAGGACAGUAGACGAGCCCAUGAAGAAAAAGAACCCCGCAGCCGUAAAGAUCAGCCCGUGGACAUUGGCCCGUUUAAACGCAGAGGAGGUAUCAAAAGCCGCAGCGGAAGCCCGAAAGAAGUCUAAAAUCAUACAGCCCGUUUCACGAAAAGACACCCAACUGGCUACCCCUUACGGGCUCGAACGCGAUAACAGCGUUGGAAGCAGCGAGCGUCGGUUAUUCUCAAAGCUCGAGAGUAGCCGAAGACGAGGAAGCAAGAGGAUCCGUCUUCCGGAACAUUCACACCCCGCAGAACAACCAUCGUUACACCACAAUAUGAUAAACGAUCGAAUAACGGGUCAGGAUUUUUCAACCCUGGUCCCUUUGCAGCUCGAGGCCCGUAGUGUUUUCCGGCCGAUGGGUUCGACUGGUAUCGUAGAAUCCUCACCGGAUAGUAGUUUGACCUCGCCUGAUAUUCAUCCGGUUAGGAUCUCUUCGGGCACCGACGAGGCUAGGAUCCCGAUCUCUGGGGCCCACGAGAAGCCCGGGGUCAUACCGUUGUCUAGAUCGACUAGCGAUGGGGGUUAUGACGCAUCGGGUGGGGAAGAUAGCGACCGGGUCCCGUCUCGGUUGGUUCAAAGGUCGGGAAACUGGAGCGCGCGGUUGUUUAGCGGUGAACAAGAUGACAUGAUUGCAAGAUUGAAGAUGGCAUCUUCUUCAAGAUCAACAUCUAAUUAUGGAAAAUGAAAGAAAGAUAAGAUUUGAGGUCAUUUUUGCAAUUUUUUUAUUUGUUAGGGUGGAAAUCAGAAACAAGAUAUGUGGGUGGAAGGAAGAAAUGACUAAUUUGGGAAAAGAUAAUGUUAAUGUAAACAAGAUUGGGGCUAUUUCUCAAGUGAUUAGCCAUAUAUUUGCUCAAAUUGAUGUGUCUAAGCUUUGAAUUGGAUUA